UUACAUUUAUAGAUACCAUCGAGUGUUUCCCCUCCGCGUCGAGCUCUGUUUUAAUUCAGCAGGUUAUGGACACGACAUUCAUCCACCUUAUCACCCGCUGCGGGAGCCGACGGUGCAUUCUGACGGCGUGAGAACGCACUCUUUUGUUCAGUUUUGGAAUGGCCGCUGUUUUCACAAUGUUUUCUUUUUCCUCCACUCUUAUUCGGCCACGGAAGACGGAAGGAAACGGGAGAGAUGGCGCUUACAUCGCCGUGCCACUGUGUAGAAAAAAAGGGAUAACGGUGAUCCCUCUCGUUAGAUCAAGAGAAUAAUCACAACAACAGCGGUCGUCCUUCUGCAAAGCUCUGAAGAUUGUGGACUGGGAUGACCCUCAUGACCUAAACUCAUUGCUACUGCUGCCAAAGGGAUUUUGCAUGGUUUAAACAAGCAUGUGGCCCGUGGGUGCCACCACAGUCCAGAUACGUCAUAUACAUUUUUGUUUUUCUUCUCAUUACUACUUUUUUAACAAAUAAUUCCCGAUCCAAAACAAGGGAAUGUUUUUCGGAUUACUCAACCUUUCUAUGGAGGGUGCCCGUCAUUCUCUGAGGCCGCAAAGCAACCUUCCGAGAGAGACUCCCAUGAAGGACUCUGCGGGGGCCUAGUAACGUCGACAUGAGUAGUACUUUAGGCAAAGAGAAGGACUCUAAGGAGAAGGACCCCAAGGCCGGUCCUACGGGGAAGGAAAGGGAAAAGGAAGCCAAGGCCCUGGCCGGUUUCGGUAAGGAUGGCGGCAAAGAGGCCAAGACCAAAGGGAAGGACGCCAAAGAAGGAAAGAAGGACAGCGGUGGCGCGCCACCGGCCGUCGCCUUCUCGGUGGACAACACGAUAAAGCGGGCCAACCCGGCUCCGGGCACCCGCAAGAAGUCGAGCAACGCCGAGGUGAUCAAAGAGCUCAACAAGUGCCGAGAGGAGAACUCUAUGCGCCUGGACCUGUCCAAGCGCUCCAUCCAGAUGCUGCCCACGUCCAUCAAGGAGCUGACGCAGGUGUGCGAACUCUACCUGUACAGCAACAAGCUGCAGAGCCUGCCCGCCGAGGUGGGCUGCCUGGCGGGCCUGGUGACGCUGGCGCUGAGCGAGAACUCCCUGACCAGCCUGCCGGACUCGCUGGACUCCCUGAAGAAGCUCCGCAUGCUGGACCUGCGGCACAACAAGCUGCGGGAGAUCCCGGCCGUGGUGUACCGGGUGACGUCGCUGACCACGCUCUACCUGCGCUUCAACCGCAUCACGGCGGUGGAGAAGGACAUCCACCACCUCUCCAAGCUCACCAUGCUCAGCAUCCGGGAGAACAAGAUCAAGCAGCUGCCGGCGGAGAUAGGGGAGUUGUGCAGCCUCGUCACCCUGGACGUGGCUCACAACCAGCUGGAGCACCUGCCGAAGGAGAUAGGCAACUGCACACAAAUCACCAACCUGGACCUACAGCACAACGAGCUCCUGGACCUCCCGGAGACCAUAGGUAACUUGGCCAGCAUAAACCGCUUGGGGCUGAGGUACAACCGGCUGUCGGCCAUCCCCCGGUCCUUAGCCAAAUGUAGAGAGCUGGAGGAGCUUAACCUAGAAAACAACAACAUCUCAGUGUUACCAGAGGGCCUCUUGUCGAGCCUGGUGAAGCUGACCAGUCUGACGCUGGCCAGGAACUGCUUCCAGUCCUACCCCGUCGGCGGGCCCUCGCAGUUCUCCACCAUCUACUCCCUCAACAUGGAGCACAACCGGAUCAACAAGAUCCCCUUCGGCAUCUUCUCCAGGGCCAAAGUGCUGAGCAAGCUCAACAUGAAGGACAACCAAUUAACCUCGCUGCCGCUGGACUUUGGCACGUGGACCAGCAUGGUGGAGCUGAACCUGGCCACCAAUCAGCUGACCAAGAUCCCCGAGGACGUGUGUGGCCUGGCGUCCCUCGAGGUCUUGAUACUGUCCAACAACCUUCUGAAGAAGUUACCGCAUGGCAUCGGCAACCUCAGAAAGCUCCGGGAGCUGGACCUGGAGGAGAACAAGUUGGAGUCGCUUCCCAAUGAGAUUGCGUACCUUAAAGACCUGCAGAAACUGGUGCUCACCAACAAUCAGCUGACCACGCUGCCCCGCGGCAUCGGCCACCUCACCAACCUGACCCACCUCGGCCUGGGAGAGAACCUGCUGCAGCAUCUGCCCGAGGAGAUCGGAACCCUGGAGAACCUGGAGGAGCUGUACCUCAACGACAACCCCAACCUGCACAGCCUGCCCUUCGAGCUGGCGCUGUGCAGCAAGCUGUCCAUCAUGAGCAUCGAGAACUGUCCGCUCAGCCACCUGCCGCCGCAGAUCGUUGCCGGCGGGCCCUCGUUCAUCAUCCAGUUCCUGAAGAUGCAGGGGCCGUACCGCGCCAUGGUGUAAUCACCCCCAGCCCCGCCCCCCCCCCCCCCAACGAACCCCGUACCCACUGGCCCCUCCAUUCCUCACCCCUUGACCCCGCCCCCCAAGACCCGCCACCCCUCCAGCGCCACCGCCCAAUUACGCUUUAGAUCGCUACGCGGCCGACCUCUCGCCAAAACUCCAGGGCGCACUGCGCCGGGAGGUUAUGAGGUCACGACCCGGGUGCGUGGGGUGACCGCGAAGAGGAAGAAGAGGGAUAUGGGGGGGAGGGGGAGGGGGAAGACAGAGAUGCUCUUAUGUUUUUAUGUUUUGUUUUAAACAAGGCGGCACCAUGUAGACUUGGGAUCCGUGUUUCUCUCAGACGUUGUCAUGGUUAUUAAAGGACCGCGGCCCCAACCCCACCGCCACCUCCGCCACCUCCACCACCUCCACCCCGAAACCAUGGAAAAGGAAAAUAUCUACAACUCUUUGCCAAAACCGAAAAACAAACUAUAAAUAUAUAUAUAGAUAUAUAGAUAUAUAUUGAGUAACUUUGAGCUGAGUGGCAAGUCUUUUAAUCAUAUAAACCGUGCUCCCAUUGCCAAUGUAUUUACAGUAAUUAAGCAUCUUAUUACGUGAGCAAGGAUACAAUUGUAUGCAAACACAAAACAAACCGACAAAAAAAAAAAAUUUGGAUCUCACCUUUUACCGCUGCUGCCAUAACUCAACUCUUGUCAUUAUUCAUGUUUUUGUUUUUUGGUAUUUUAUUCCCUUUUUUUAACCACUCGACGACUGUACACUUUUUCUGAAUAGCUUCUUGACCGUGGAGAACAAAGCUCUCAUGACAGCAUUGCUUUUUUGGAUUUGUGUUCAAUUUUUUACAUAAAAAAAACAAAACUGUGCCUAUGUCUAGAAUGAGCCGGUGGUUCACUUCUAAACUUGUCCAUGAGAUAUACAAAGGUAUAAAUUAUUUCAAUAAUCUUCUUUUUUUUUUUAUUCUUACUGAAGUUUGUUGGUUGUUCCUACUCAAGUUUAUUAUACAGAUUUUUCUUUCUGCCAUUGAACUAUUCAGUUGUAACGUAGUGUCAUUGGAUUUCUUUCUCUUUUUUUUCUUUUUUUUACAAAUAGCGAUAGUUGUCCAAUCUAGUAAUGUACACAAAAUACAAAUGCAGAUCGUAAACGCGUAAAAAAAAAAAGACAAAAAGACAAAAAAAAGCUAGACUUGAAAUUCUUCAGGAACGCGGGCUGCACCGGACAGCCAGUGUUUCACAGGCGGAACGGUGUUGAAACUCAGAAUCAUACAUAUGUCGUGACGAGAUACGAGAUCAGAGAGUGAUUCCUUCUUUUUGUAUACGUAUGUAAAUCCUGAUUGUUGCCUCGAGUGCAAUUCUUUUUUCUUUCUUUUUUUAAUUUGAACUUUUAUUUCUCUUGUACUGUUUACUCGUUUGGUAUUAUCUACAGUGUUGGCCUGCUUAGCUUACAUACGAGGGAUGACAACGAGGAUGACCAACAUAUCAGAG